CAUGAAGUGAUGGAGAUGGCACUUUCUGGAUCUGGACUGCCUGGCUGAAGUCCGGGCUCCUCACCCGUGAAACAUCUGCCACCUUGGAUUGGCCCAGGACUGAGAAGUGAAAACGAGUCCACGCAGGAGAAUUAACAAGGCCACAGGCAGGAUGGCUGGUGCUGAGAAGAGCCUGCGGUGACUCUGGGGUCCCCAGCAGCAGCUCUGUCUCCUGAAGAUGAAGCGGCGGAGGUGAAGCCCGAGCCAGGCUGAUGGCCAGCUCGGGGACUGAGGUCCACUGGGCCGGGCCGGGCCUAGGGAAGGGGCCCCAGCAGCGGCGGCGCUGGGCCUGGGUUGAGGAAAAGGAUGCAGAGAGGAUUAACACUCGCGGCUGGGGAGACGGGCGGCCCUUCCCCAGUGCCGCCAGCCCCGAGCUCCUGGAGGACUUCCGCCUGGCCCAGCAGCAUCUGCCACCCCUGGAGUGGGCCCCAGACCCGCAGGAGUCAGGAGGGUCUUCAGGAGAAGAGCCUGAAGCAGAGGUUGUGGACAGCCCAGAAAGUUCCACCCUGCCUCUCCACUGGCUCCCCCAGCAGGACUGUCAGUUGAACAUGACCGAAGAAGAGUCAGAUGAAGUCCCUGGGAGUCCUGAAGCUCAGGACCCUGGGGAGAGCCCCCCGCGGCCGGGACAGGAGGCCGCUCUCAGCUCAGAGCACCGCGGGAACACCUGCGCUGUGGCCCAGGGGCAGGCUCAGGCCAGAGGCUGGGUGGCCUCUGGCCAACAAGCCAGUGGAAGCCACCUUCCAGAACAUUCUGAGGUCAACCCAUCUGUUGAACUUGGCUGUGCCAGGUCUUGGAGCAGUGGCACCGUGAGCCUGGGCCACAGCAGUGACAGCCUUAAUUCUUCCUGGGAGAGAGAGACGGAUGUCCCCCAGCCCACUACCCUGGCAGAAAACCUGCCACAGAGCCCCCGCCACCACCUCAACCCAGAUGACAGAACUGGAGGCAGUGUUGCUCUGGCAACGCCCACAGAAUUCCAGGACCCCUUAGCACCACCAGCCCAGAGCCCCCAGAACGCUGCAGGCACAUGGAAAAGAGCUACCACCAGCCUGUCACGGCCUGCAGACCAGGCCUGGAAGCAGACGAAGACAUCACCUAAGCCAUUGCCCUCCCGAUUCACUGGCUCCGUCAGCCCCCAGAAUCCCCGGCCUAGGCCAGCUCAGAAGGACAGGUCUCUGCCCAGGCACGGAGCCACUCUGGCCAACCACUCCUCUUCUGAUGCCCCCAAGUAUGGCCGGGGGCGUCUGAACCACCCGCUCCCUGAUUUCUCCAAGGUGGGGCCGCGAGUGAGGUUUCCCAAAGAUGAGAGCUACCGCCCCCCCAAGUCCCGAAGCCAUAACAGGCAGCCUCAGGGCCCCACUGGGCCCCUGAUCUUCAAGUCACCAGCCGAGAUCGUGCAGGAGGUGCUGCUGAGCAGUGGAGAAGCAUCCCUGGCCAAGGACCCACCUCCUGCCCACCCCGUCUCCAGGGUACCCCAGGAGUUUCAGACGCCCGAACAGGCCACUGAGCUGGUCCACCAACUCCAGGAGGACUACCACAAGCUCCUCACCAAGUAUGCAGAGGCCGAGAACACCAUCGACCAGCUGCGCCUCGGGGCCAAGGUGAACCUGUACUCAGACCCGCCCCAGCCCAGCCACAGCGUCCAGGUGGGGAUGAUGCCCCAGGGGACCAAGGCCUUGUCCUUCACCAUCCCCCAGCCCUGCUCUGUGGAGUGGUGGCCUGGUCCCUCUGAGAAGCCCCAGGCCCCGGGGGCUACAGGGUGGCCGCCAGCUCAAGGAUCCCUGAGCCCUUCCUUGCCUGCUAGCAAGCCUGCCUCAGGGUGGCUUCCUGAGAGCCAGGGCACCACCAAGGACCGGUCCUCCAUGGGGUGGACCCAGGCCCUGGCUUCCCAGACCAGUCGGUUCCUGGCCAAGGUAGAAUCCUUCGAGGGACUGGUGCAGGCUGGGCAGCUCACACCCCAGGACCAGCUCAAGGGCUUCCAGCAGCUGAAGGCCACCCAUGCGGCCCUGGAGGAGGAGUACCUGCAGGCCUGCAGGGAGCCACACCUGGCUCCGCCCCUGGCCAGCUCCAAGGGGACCACUGGGAAAUUCGAUCCUGCCAGGGAGCUGGAGGUGGAGAUCUACCACCUGGGCAUUCGCCUGGACGAGCUGAAGGGCCACAUGGACCACAUCCAGCAAGGGCCUGAGCUAGCGGGGUCCGACUCGGCUCUGGACACUUCCCCCACCACGCGCUUCCCCCACCCGCCAACGUACCCACCCGCUCCUUCUGGACAGCCCACCGGCACCUGCCCGCUGCAUACGAAUGUGGAGGUGAGUCUUGGUGGCACUGAGGUAGAGGACGGGCCUCCAGACUUCCCAGCCCUGCUCAAACAUAAGGAACUGCAGGUGGAGCAGGAUUUCCACGGCCUCCUGGAGAGGUACCUCAGUGUGAAGUCCCUUCCUGAAGCCUUGAGGGUGGAGGAGGAGGGGGAGAGGGACGAGGAGGAGCAGGAGGAAGAGGAGGAGCAUCCUUGCACCCUGGAAGUCGACGGGCCAGCUCCAGCUCCAGGGAGGGCCGAAGCCACCAGGGCUGUCCCAAGGCAAUACCUGGUGCAGGUGGAGAGGAAUCACAGGGCCCCUCUGCAGGAGGCCGGAGAACAGAGGGUACCCGGGAAACCACCCAGCUUCCAGACUUCCACGACCAGAGAUGGGCACACAUCGGGUCUGAGCAAGGCCAGAGCCGCUCCUCUGGGGCCUGCCGUGCCACCUGCCCACGCGUACCACCAGAGCAGUCUCACCAGCCUGGAGGGAAGCGGCAUCUCCGAGCACCUGCCACAGAAGUCUUUGCGCCACGCUGGCCGGCCCCGCCCAGAGGAGCCCUGGAUGGCAUCCCCAGAGACAGACAGUGGCUUCGUGGGCUCAGAAACCAGCAGAGUGUCACCCCUCAACCAGACCCCAGAGCACCGACUCACCCACAGCAGCCACCCAGGAACAGCCCAGCGCUUCACAGCCUCUGCACCCCGUGACGGGCCCUCCCACCUCAAGGCCAGGGGUCCUCUGGUCCCCAGAAGAACCUCUGAGCCCAGCACACCCAGGAGCCGAGCCCAGAGGCACCCCUCCAGCCAGAGCUGUCCUCUCCAGCAGAGGAAGCCCAGCUCCCACCUGGACCGGGUGCUGGCCGCUGAAAUGGUGAGCCCUGGCUCAGAGUUCGAGGGGCGAAAGCGGACUUCUGAGCAGCUGCUCCCCAGCAAUACGACCAGCCUGCCCCCCACCCCAGCCCCCGCAGCUGCCCCUCUGCCCUGUGAAUCUCCAGAGACCACUCCCAACCUCAUCCUCUCCAGGACUGGGCGAGACCAGGCCAUCCGCGAACUGCAGGCAGAAGUGUCCCGGCUCCGUCUGCAACUGGAGGACAGCCUGCACCGGCCACACCAGGGCAGCCAGGCGCACCCAACGACUGCCUGUGACCACCCUGCCCAGACUCAGGACCGGCCAGCUGCUUCCUCAGCCACCUGGGGCUCCCACUGUGGCAGUAAAUCCACAGAGCGAUUGUCCGGGGAGCCUGAAGGUGCAGAGCAACCUGCAGGAAGACGGCGAGCCAGGUCCUCCUCAGUGCCUCGGGAGGUGCCCCGAAUGUCCCUGAGUUUGGACUCUGAGCCACCCUCCCCUCAGCUGUCAUCUGGGAAGAACAGGAACUCCGAAAAUGGUCCCCGGGCCACUCAGGAGGGAAUCAGAGGGACAGGCAGCAGCAGACGUCCCGACAGGGUCUCCUUCCGGGGCCAGUACACAGGCCAGGAGUACCACCUUCUGUCCCCCAAGACUGCCCCAAGAAGCAGUGACUCAGCCUCCUGUCCCCACAGUCAGCCCAUCAGAUCCCAGGACACAGACACCACUGCCACCAGGGAGCUGCAGGGACUGUCUGCCACUGAGGCCCUCCGAUGUCCGUUGUGUGGCCACGUCGAGUCCCUCCCAGAGGGAGAUGGCCCUGGCUCUGGUAGGGACAAGUGCUCAGAACCUGCUCGUGGCCAGACCCCAGCUCUGCCUACCCUGGGGGCCAGGGGGGCAGAAAAGGCCACCGCAAGGAAAAAUGUACCUGUGGCUUCCAGCCCCAAGCAGAGGAGCCAGCGGGUCCCCUCGCCCGCACGGCUGCCCCCUGGACUGUGGUACCUGGCAGCUGCGCCCUCAGCACCGGGACCCCCGGCCUUCACCUACGUCCCCUCGGUUCCCAUCAUGCCUUAUCCGCCAGCCACUGUGUACUUCGCACCCACAGCGCCUACCUCAGUCCCCACGGCCUCCUUGCGGGCACACCGGGGACACCGGCACUCCAUCCAGCUGGACCCCGAUGACCUGGAGGAGCUGCACUCGGCCCUGAACCAGGCGGUGCAGGCCGCGGAGGACGUGCGCUCCACCACCCGGAGGAUGACCCGCUCGCUGUCGGCCGACCUGCGCCAGGCCCACGGCCUGCGGGACUCCUGCCUCUUCUGAUUCCCUAGAGUCUCUGAGAUGGGGAGGAGCCGGGGCAAAGGGCAGGCAGGAGCCACUGAUGCCCAGGAAGCCCUGCGGCCCCUCCUCAGGGGUCCAGGACCUGCCCUGCCCAGUACCUUCAGAUGGAGCAGCGUCAGCCUGGGAGGCGGAGUAGCUUCCCGGGGGACCAGCCCCGUCCACAGGUGCUGCAAGCAAGGCCACAGAGCCUCUGGGACUCUCCUCUCCUGCUCUGUCCACCUCCAGCUAAUAACAUGUGUCUUAUGUCCAGAUGGCCAGGCGCUCUUCAUCCUGGGAGUCACCCUGGUCUUGGCCUCCUUACAAGGCCAGAUACGUUGGGAAAGGCCAGGCUGUCUGGAGCAGAGCUGUCCCCUGCCUGUGACCAGCCACCUCUGGGAAGGGCCUUGUCCGAGGCCUUGCUCCUGGCGACUGGGCAGUGGGACAUUUGUGGACUCUGAGGCGUCUGAGCUCCUCGCUGGGUUGCAGAGGCCUCCCCCCAGGCCUGCUGGGCUGAGGACACCUCCCAGAGCCCUGGGAAGCCACCCGCCAGUGGCUCGCUGCACCUCGCCCCAGGCCUGGGCCCUUCCUAGGAUCUCAGUGGCAUUGGACUGGUGACCAGCUCCCUGCCAGGCCCCAGCCGGGGCCCUGCAGCCGGGCUGUGGGCUCCCGCCCUGCAGCAGUGCCCUCGGGUUCUGGAAUGUGUGUGCAUGGCAGAUGUUUGUAUAUUUGAGGCAUUUAAAAGUCUAUUUUCGUUAUAAGAGUAAAUGAAGAGGAAUGAAUAAUGAUCUAAAAAAUAGAAAGGACAACCAAAAAAGAACCGCCCACAUUCCCAAA